AAAAUAGUUUCGCACGUGCUCGAGGCGGAGUUUGUCAUUCGUUCGCUUUUACGUGCUGCCUACGCUCCCAACAUCACUGAUGAUCGAUAUAUUGCAUUACAUCUCAAGGAACAUCACAAAAGAACGUAACAUCUUGUCCGAUUCUUUUUUUCACGUGAAUUAGAAUGACAAGUAAAAAAGGGCACAUAUUUCGAAUUGAACAAGAAAUCGAUAAAAACCGUGAGGAAGGAAACUGGAAAAAGGUUAUAGAAUUAGCGGAACAUCUGAAAGUACAAUAUCCAAGCAAUGAAUGUUUAGCAAACUUCCUAUGUGGCGAAGGGAGAUUAGAAAGCUUUUUAGAACAAAAUCCUCCCGUAGAUGCAAACAUUGGAAAAGCAAAAAAUGGGCUAGCUGAAACUAGAAGGUAUUUACUUCUUGCAGCGAAUGAAAAGGAUAAACAGGCUUUAGUUGUAUUAGAUGCCCAUCUAUUGCUUGGAAAGCUACACUAUGCGAUGGGAAUGUACGAAGAAGCCAUAAACCACUACGACCAAGCUGAACUACAUACUCUCACAGAAAAACAAUUGCCUUGUCGUAGUCUACGUAUUAUCGCGGAAUCAUAUGCAAUCAAAGAGAAACAUUUAUCCUGCCGGAGACUGCGCAUUAUAGCUGAGUCAUACGCAAUUAAAGGUCUUUGCCUGGAAAGGUUACCACCAAAUUCCAAAUCGAAAUACAAAAUAGCAGAAUGGCAAGAACAGAUCAUCAGAUGUUACGAAAUUGCUGGGGAUUUGACACUGGUAUAUUUGCAGGAGCAAGACAAACUUGCGAUGCAACACCAAAAUGGUACAUAUUCGUCUUCUCAAUCUUCAUAUGUGCCUACAAAGCAUGUUGGACCAAUUCUGGAAACAGCACUGCAAAGGGCACCUAUUCUGUAUAUUCAAACUGGUAAUAUUCAAGCUGCUAUAAAUCGUUACAGGGAAAUUUUAUCUGCUGUGGAGUCUACUACGACUCAAAGUCUUCGAGUUACUCUGACAAGACAGUUGGCAGAGGUAUUAAUUCGAGGAAUGAGUAGUACCGAAUACAAAACUCCAGGAGCACCAAGCGAUGCGACAGAAUCACCAUGGAAACCAAAGAAGUACUUAGGCCCUAAUAUGUUUGUGCCAAAGAACGAAUACGAGGAAACCAUAUUAUUAUUAUUGAUAAGCGAAGCUAUGGCAGUCAGAGAUGCUGUACUUAGUCAAUCUCCAGAAUUUAAAGAUGCGAGAAUACAUGCUUUCGAGAAUGCCACUGCGAUAUAUGACCUUCUCACAGCAGUUGUUGUGAGGUGGAGUCAAGUCGACUUGCUAUAUGAGUCGUUCGAAAGAGCAAUGAAAUUCUCUCAUGAGGAAGCGCAUGUAUGGACUCAGUGUGCAUUGUGCUUAAUCAGUAUGGGCAGAUAUAUGCAUGCGUAUAGAGUUUUAAAAGUGGUAGCAAGGUUAUCACCACAAAAAGUAAUGCCCUGUCUUUUAGCUGCGAAGCUAUGUUACGAACAAUUAAACAUGGUAAAGGAAGGGAUCGAAUGGAGUCAAAAAGCACUUCAAAGGGAAACUGCAAGUUCCCAAGGAAUGCAGUCUAGGUGUCACCUAUACAUUGGAAUUGGGCACAGUAUACUUUCUGCAAAUACCAUAGUAAAAUUGGAUAAAAAUUAUCACACUAAAACAGCUUUAGAAUGUUUUCAAAAAGCACAACAAUGCGAUCCAAACGAUCACUUGGCUGAAUAUUAUUUGGCUCACGAAUACGCUAUCAACAGACAAAUUAACGAUGCAAUGAUUCACGUGAAAAUUGCAUUGAACCUUCGAGCGGAACACAUUCCAUCACUGCAUUUAUUAGUAUUAUUACUGUCGGCUCAUAAACAAUAUUCAGAAGCGUUGCGUUUAAUUAACAGCGUAUUAGAAGAAUAUCCAGAUAAUUUAAAUUUCCUUUAUGUCAAAGCACAUCUCGAAUUACGAAGUAUCGGCGGUGAGCAAGCAUUAUUUACCAUUAGACACAUGCUUCUGCUUUGGAAAAAUCUGUACGAAGACCAAACUAAUGCUAAUUGCAAUGAGCAACACAGUGAAAAACGCAGCGAAACCAGAAGCGUUUUUCAGCUAUAUGCUUCUGAAAUGUCUGACAAAGACUCCAGUUCUCUGCAUGCACAGUCACUAGCUGCUUCAAAGGUGGAACAAGCUUUAUCCGAGGUUGCAUCUUCACUUAGUUCGUUUACACCCAAACCAGGACCCCAAAGAGCAUGGUUGUUACAAUUGCAGGUCUGGUUGUUACUCACUGAAGUAUACCUGGUCUUAGAUCAACCGAAUGGCGCUGUUCUUUCUUUACAAGAGGCUACCAAUAUUUUUCCAUUGAGCCAUCACAUUAUGUACACCCGGGGUCUUUUACAUGAAUAUAAACUGGAAUAUACAGAAGCAAAGCAGUGUUAUCAGAAUGCUGUUUCGAUCAAUCCGUCGCAUAUAAAGAGUUUACAACAUUUGGGUCUAAUUUAUCACUAUUUGGGAAGUCAGAGAUUGGCUGAAAAAACAUUAAGAGAUGCAGCAAAAAUUGAUCCAAAUUCACAUCAAACGUGGUACAAUUUAGGAAAGGUGUUGGAAUCUGUUGGCGAAGUAGAAGCAGCAAGUGACUGUAUGGCUACAGCAUUGGAAGUAGAAACUACGAAUCCAAUAUUACCGAUUCUCUCGAUACCAGUAACCUUCGAAUGAUUCAGAACUUUAAUAGUUUAAUGCAAGUUUCAAAGAAAUCACAAUGGUAUUCUACAACAUUGACAUUUCUUUACCCUUGUGGCAAUUGUACCUGCUUACCUCUACUGUUGCACUGUUACAAUAUUGUAUAAAUAAAUGGAUUCGUUGAAAAGUAAUAGAACGGUACAAAUAAUUUAAGAACAAUCACUGUAAUUAAAGUUCUAAUAAAGGAACAAUUCUAGGA